AGUGACCCUUCAGUCGCCAUGUCCGCCGAGGAAGCGAAGGAGCCGAAACUUGAAGAUCUCAAGGAUCUCAACAUGGACAACGUCUCUGCUCUCAUCGUCAAGUGGGUCAGCCCAGUCGAGCAGGUUUCUCCUUUCAAGCUCGGCGACGUGCAGAAGACCAUCGCACAGAUCCACCAGGAGACCGGAAACGCUGUUGCUCCCUUCUUCGUGGCUGGACAGAUUGUUUUCCUCCUCCUCUUCCUUGCCUACUUUGUCAUGGGAAUCAUCGCUCUCUGCCUUGACUUCCCUGCCAUGGAUGCUCCCUGUGCCAAGGACUCGUGGGUCUGGCUGUACGUUCUCCUCGUCGUUGUCAUCCCGACCUCGGUUGGUUUUGUCAUUGGAAUGGUCCAGACUGUUAUCCAGUGGAUCUCUUCCAGCAGCCCUGUGAAGUUCGAGGUGCCUGACAUCUACUUCUCUCUGCCUGCUCCCAUCAUCUACAUCACCCUCGGAGUCCUCGGCAUCGUCCUGUGGGCCAACAUGUCCGAGCAGUGCGACACCUUCUACGCACAGAACCACGGCAUGCUCCUCGUUAUCUUCCACAUCCAGGUCAUCAUCAUGUCCGUGGCUGCAUUCCUCGGCCUCGUCACUGUGUGGGUACAGCUCAUGGUUCUCAUCCGAGGCUGGACCAACCAGGAGUCUGAUCCCCUUCUCCCCAAGGAGGGCGGAGACAAGAAGAACUAAACUCAAUAGUGCUUGGAUUCGCAUGCGUUGCUGUGGCCCUUCCUCCGAAGUUCUCGUCGAGGAGGGGACGGGGGUCUCUCGUCCAACAGCCACUGUAUCAUUUGCCGUGCUGGUUUAUUCAAUUAAACACAUGUCUGUUGAAC